AUGGUGGCUUUGAAGAAGGCAUAUGCAGAUGUGAUUCUGAAUACUGUGAAGGAGUCUGCAGGUAGGGUAAUGGUGUCGGAAAGAAGAGCAGUUAUGUUCCAGCAGGAGCUCACUUCAGCCAAAGAAAAUGCUCUUCAUAUGUUAAUGCGUUUGAAGAAGAUGAUGGAUGCUAAGGCCCUGCUCGCUGUAGCAAAGUGGAUUAGUGCAGUGGCUGUAGUGGACCAAAUAGCGGCCAUAACAGGUGCUAUAACAGCUGAUGCAGAGAAGGCAUCAUUGCAGCAGCAAAGAAAAAUUGAAGAGCUUGAAGCACAAUUGAGUGAAGCUGAGGAUGUCGUAACAGAUCUUAGGGCAGAAUUGAAGCAUGUGUAUCUUGUGUUAGAAAAGACAAGGAAUAACCAGGUCCAGCCUUUGAACGGGCAGAAUGUAAAGCAGGUUGCUACUUUUGUGGCUGUAAAACCUGAGAUUUCAAUAUCCCCUCCUCAUAAAGAACUUGAAUGUGUAACAAGCUGUGAUGUGGUAAACAAAUCACUGGCUAUGAACAUUUUAGAUAACAAUUGCUGUAAUUCAAAACAGCAAACUGAGCAAUUGCUCAUCUCUAAUUUGGAGGAUUCUUCUGGUCAUGAUUCUUACCUUUCUUCUGUCAUCAAAAGAAACAUGAAACCGGAACUUUGCCGAAAUGGAUUUACUCAGAGAAUCCGUGCACUUGAAGGAAGUUUGCUGGACGAAAAGCUGCUCAUGCAAGAUGUAGACAAUCAACAUUAUGGUAAAAAACUCGGGGUCAUUGCUAAAGAUAGUGAUGUGCAAGUUGCAAAAUGUAGUGCACCGACUGAGAAAAUGGAGAUUAAGAAGCAUGUCAAGCUCCUUGAAAUACCAAAAUGGAAGAUAAUUUCCUGUCACAGGUGUCGCAUUCUUGCUUGUAAAUUGAGCAAAGAUGCCUGCUCUCUACCCUCUAUUAAGCUUAGUGCCAUUAGCAAAUGGAAAAGAAAGAGAAGACAUAGACAUCUAGGAAUGAAAUCUUCUGCUUUUAGAAGUUGUAAACCAUCAUUUGUUCUUAAGCAGUGCUCAUCUGUCUGUGAUAAUGCAAAAUGUUGUGAAGAUGAAUAUGAUGCAAAUAUGAAGUCAGUGCCGCUGUUGACUAAUGUAGAACCUGUGCAUGGGGCCACUGAGCUUGUUGAGAAGCCAAUUGACAAGGAUACCAACUUAUUGAAAUCAGAAGAAAGUGCUACACAGAAUCUAACGGGUCCAAGUUCUGAUAUGAAAGUUGAGGUUAUUGAUGUUCCAUCCACAAAUACUGAUAUGAAAGAUGCAAAAGCUUUUGUAGAAAAAGAUAGAUCUCCCAGUAAAGUUGAUGACAGUAAGCCUCUGAAGUAUACAUUCCAAAGGAAGAGAAGAAAAGAAUCCUUGGGAAACACACACCAAAACAUUGAUUCUAAGAGGAGUACAGUGAAGAGGAGGGUGGAUAACAAACAAUAUAGUGCAUUAGAACCCCAGAAUCUUGCAUGA